AUGUCACUUGAAGCAGGAGCUCGCUACGUUAUCGUCAACGUCAAAGGGGAGACCGCCAUCGAUCUCGACGGGGGUAACAAUAGAGACAUUAUCGGAUAUCCCAGACAUGGAGAAUCCAACCAACAGUGGGAACUCGUCUCGGUAGACGAUUACAACGACUGGCACCUCAAGAACGCUGAGAGCGGGACCUACAUCGGCUAUGAGGGUGACCACUUUGAUGGCACCAAACUCGUCAUCUCAGAGGAACCCUUCACAUGGAGAAUUCUCCCAGAUGAGAACGACGAAUCUGUCUUCCGCAUCUAUGUUCCUGACACGAACAUGAACGUCGAUCUCUCCAACCACGGCGACUCUACUCCCUGCACCCCGAUCGAGCUUUGGGGGAAUCACCCUUUUGAAAUGGACACGACGACACUUUCCAUGAGUGGUCAAUCUCCCAUCGCAUUCCUUCCGGCAGAGGUUUUGGCCUACAUCCUGGACAUCGCAUACGACAGACAAGGCCACAACGUCAACGUCCCCACCGUCGCAUCUUUGGUAUCUCGCCCUUGGCGAGAUGUGGCGCUCAAUGACGCCUUUCUUUGGUCAUCUAUCACCGUGGCUCCUCCCUGGAAUAUCACUGCCGUACGCACACAAUUGGCACGAUCAAAAGAACAUUUACUCGAACUUCGCAUCGUGGUUCACAAGGAGCGUCAUCCGCUUCAGUCAGAGACAUCUGUAGCGCCAUCGAUGCAAAGUACCCAAGAGCUUCGCAAAGUGCUCUCACCUCACUACGCGCGUUGCUGGAGCUUGACGUUCGAAGGUACUUUCUGGGGAUGUCGUAGCACCCUUUCCCACCUCCUUGAACCAUUAAGCAGCAUAUCGAUGCCACACCUUACACAUUUCGCCUUUCAUGAUCAAUCAAACUCGAGCAGGAUGUUUGAGGAUUCAGACGAUGAAGACAUCGAACCCCCGCCAAUUGAUCUCGUGCCACUAUUCCUUGUGGAGACGACCACUGGGCCCCUGGACCUUCGUUUGAGCGGGAGUUCCGCCCUCCGCUUUUCACCCCCACUGGCAGCAGUGACCACCCUGCACAUCAGCUCUCCCUUUCCAGCAAUCGAUUUUCGCCGAUUUGCCGAAAUCCUUGAAUCGUGUCCAAAUCUCGUGUUCCUUGCGUUGUACGACCACUUCUUGAACGCGUGGCCUACAAGCUCUUUCGCCGGCAUCACGCUUGAGGUUCCUCUUCUUGAAUCAUUAUUUAUACUAGGGGAUAUGUAUUUAACUUCCCGAAUCCUCUCCUCCUUAUCGGCGCCGAGGCUCGAAGAACUCGUCAUCGUCCCAGUUGUCCCCGAAGACUUGAAGACGCUCUACAAUACCGUUACCACAGACGGCCCACGAUUCCCCCUCUUAUGGUCCCUGACGCUAGCGGUUUCCGACUCGAGCACUGCGGAAAUAUUUGCUCUCGCAUCCGCAUGCUUUCCUCAAGUAACGCGCCUCGUCCUUGCCGACGUGUACAAAGUCGGGUUCGAAGAUGCAUUUAGGCGAGCCGGGGUAACAUUGUUUCCAACAUUGACGGAACUCGCAUUGACGCGCAUCAAGCCGGACUUCCUCGCGACCCUGGACUUUGUUCGCAAGCCGUACUUGCAGGCUGGGGUUCCCUGGGUGCAGAGGGUGUAUUUCGACACGGUCUCAUUCGAGCAGAUAAAGAGCAGCCUCAAGCCGGAUUGGCCAGUUGAGGCGCUUCAAGGAAACCUGUGGGACAAUCAAAGAAGGAGAACUAUGUACAAUGAUGAUGAAUAUCGCUUCGUGGGUUGA